GGCAUCUCUCAAGAUCUUCGCUCAUCAGAUAUAAACAGUCACAGGAACAUCGAUCAGUACAGAUCACACAUAAAUUCAUUCAGUGUAGCAUCAACACUACAGUCAACUGAGCCAAAAUGAAAUUCUUCAUCGUCGCCUCAUUCUGCGUGGCAGUUGCUCUUAGCCAGAAUGUGAUUCAGCCAAAACCAAAUGUUCGAAAUCUGCCUGCUGAAGUCCGCAAAGAGGCUCCAGGUCAAUGCUACGGAUUCACUGCCAAAAAGGCCUUCGCCGUUGGCCAUUCUUGGCCCCUGGCUCCCUUCUGUGGAAGAGCCACCUGCAUUCAACAUGAAGGCAAACUCUUUGAAAAGGUGGAAGACUGUGGCUUUGAGCCCAAGCCAUCUCCCGGCUGCAGAGUCAAGAAUGAAGCCGACCAAGCUAAGCCAUACCCAGCCUGCUGCCCCGUGUACGAGUGCCAGCCAGGUGCCACCCUCCAGUACCCAACACCAGAAGAACUGAAGGCUGCUGCAGAGCAGGCUGCCAAGGCUGCACAAGGCUCCAAAAUGAAAUUCCUAAUUGUAGCCUCCCUCUACGUUGCUGUGGCUCUUAGUCAGAACGUGGUUCAGCCAAAACCAAAUGUCCGAAAUUUGCCUGCUGAAGUCCGCCCAGAGGCUCAAGGUCAAUGCUACGGAUUCACUGCCAAUAAGGCCUUCGCCGUUGACCAGUCUUGGCCCCUGGCUCCAUUCUGUGGAAUAGCCACCUGCAUUCAACAUGAAGGUAAACUCUUCGAAAAGGUGGAAGACUGUGGCUUUGAACCCAAGACAUCUCCCGGCUGCAGAGUCAAGAACGAAGCCGACCAAGCUAAGCCAUACCCAGUUUGCUGCCCCGUGUACGAGUGCCAGCCAGGUGCCACCCUUCAGUACCUAACUCCAGAAGAACUGAGGCUUAGCGCACAGCAGGCUGCCAAGGCUGCACAAGGCGCCCAGGGAUAAGAGGUCUCUCAGAGU